AUGAAUAAAGAACAAGAAGGAAUUACAUACAGUAUACUACGUAUAACUGAUAUUGCUCAAGAACCACAUGAUUUUCUUUUACCUAUUAGUGGUUACGAAUAUAUGCCUCUUGUUUCAUUAGAAGUCGCUGUGGAAAAAAUUAUUGAUCUUCUACCAGAUAUUAAGAAUUAUGUUCAUAUAGCUUGCCAAAGAUGUGAACAUUCUAUUAAUGGACUUACACAAGAUGAGUCAGCAGCAAUUACGUUGUAUACAAUGGGAUGGGAACCACAUGAUCAAUGUCUUUAUUUCGUUUUAAAUACUACUUUACGUUCAUCGGAUCGACAACAAUUAGAACCAUGGUAUCUCUAUCUAAGACUUCUUUUGAAUGGUUUAUUUCGUCUUCCAAAUAUAAGUGCAAUUGUUUACAGAUGUAUCAAUUUAGAUCUAAGCAGCAAAUAUAUUUUAGGCAAGACUAUAACAUGGUGGGGCUUUUCAUCAUGUACUAUGUCAUUGAAUACUUUACAAUCAGAACAAUAUUUUAGUCAAACAGGUCCAAGAACAUUAUUUAUUAUUGAAUGUCAUUCAGGUAAAGAUAUUCGUAAACAUUCAUAUUUUUCAUCAACUGAUGAAUUACUUCUUUUGGCUGGUACAUCAUAUCAAGUUACUGAUUAUCUUCAUCAAGGUGAUCUACAUAUAAUUUAUCUCAAAGAAAUUCGAUUAAUCUAUCCACUUUUGCAACCAAUACAUCCACCAAUAAUGUCCAAGUUAAAUAAUUCAUAUCCAUCUGUAUCAACAAAUUCUAACAUAUUAUUGAAAACAACAUCUGCGCCAAUAUUCCAAUCAACAGAUACAAUACCAUUACCAGUUCAGUUUCGAAAUCCAAGACUAGAAAAAAUAAUGCAAGCGAAACAAAGUAAAUCAGAAUUAUCUCUGAUUUCCAUGGAACUUAUAGAUCAAGAUAUGGAAAUUGUGGCUUUUUAUAUAUCACAAGAUGACAUAAAGUUGACUUCACUCAAUUUGGAAAAUAAUCGAAUUGGUAAUGGUGGAGUUCGAUAUCUGAGUAAUGUAUUACAAAAAAAUAAAACUCUCACUGCACUCAAUCUCAAAAACAAUCGAAUUGGAGAUCAAGGAAUGCAGCAAUUGAGUAAUGCAAUACAUAAUAACACGUCAUUAACAAUACUCGAUCUUUCUGAAAAUCAAAUUGGAAAUAAAGGAAUACAAUAUUUAAGUCAUGUAUUACAACAUAAUACAAUACUUACUUCACUCAAUCUUAAAAAUAACCAAAUCGGAGCUGAAGGUGCACAAUAUUUGAGUGAAGCACUUCAAUCUAAUACAACUUUAACAUCACUCUCUCUCGAACACAAUCAAAUCGGACAUGGAGGAAUAGUAAAUCUUGCCAAUGCUUUAUUACGAAAUAAGACACUCACUUCAUGUAAUUUGAAAAAGAAUAAUAUCAAAGACAAUGGAAUUCAACAUCUAAGUUAUGCAUUACGACAAAAUUCUACGCUUGUAACACUCAAUCUUGAAAGCAAUCAUAUUAGUAGUGAAGGCAUAAAAUAUCUCAGUGAUGCAUUACGAAAUAAUACCGCUCUGACUUCACUUUGUCUUAAUUCUAAUCGAAUUAAAAGUGAAGGCGUGAAAUAUUUGAGCGAUGCAUUAAAACAAAAUACAGUAUUGACAACACUUAGUCUCUCUUCAAAUCAAAUUAAUGAAAAUGGAGCACAGUAUUUAAGUAAAGCAUUAUGGCGUAAUACGACACUUACGACACUCAGUUUGUCUUCUAAUGAAAUUGGAGAAAUUGGAGUACAAUAUCUAAGUGAUGCAUUGAGACAUAAUUCGACACUGACUACACUUAACCUAGAAAAUAAUAGAAUUGGAAAUAAUGGAUUUGAUACUUUACGAAAUACUAGAACAUUCACCAUAUCCUAUUUCGAUUGUGUUAAGACGCGAGAUGAAGGUGUAAAAUAUCUAAGUGAUUCACUACGACAAAAUACCACACUUACUACACUUAUACUUAGUUGUAAUGAAAUCGGAAAUGCUGGUGCUGAAUAUUUAAGUGAUGCAUUAGUACAUAAUUCCACACUUACUUCACUCGAUAUUUCUUUUAAUCGAAUACAAUAUGAAGGGGCACAAUAUUUAAGAGAUGCAUUAUUACAAAAUAAAACACUCAGUAUACUUGAUUUGGGAUAUAAUGAUGUUGGUGAACAAGGUGCGCAAUAUUUAAAUGGUGCAUUACAACAAAAUAAAACACUCACGAUACUUAAUCUUUGUUCAAAUCAUAUCGGAAAUAAAGGAACUCAAUAUCUAUGUGAUGCAUUACGUAAUAAUACAACACUUAAGAAAGUCAAUCUUUGUUUCAAUCAGAUCGGAGAUCGAGGAGCUCAAUUAUUAUAUUAUGCCUUCCAACAUAAUACAGUGAGUUGA